UGAACAAGAUGAAAGGUACCUACAACACCCCAGGAGAUAUUGCCAGGCGCCUCCUAUCAGUGAGUGAAACUGGUAGACGUACUGGGAUCAAAAGGAAAACAGCAGACUUGCACGACCAUAAGUAUGAGCGGCCAUGUCCACGUUCCAAGAAGAAGAUGCAUCAGAAUAAACCACUUCCUAUUGUGAAAGGGAUAACAGAGCAAGAACCACGUCCAGGGCCAUCAGGGAUUAAGCAACCAGUGAAGCCAAAACAGAGUACUCAACCUGUUUUAUUCAAGAAAAAGGAUCCUCUCCGUAUUCAGAAAAGGUUUUCAGAGAUAGAAGGAAUUGGUGAUGAACGUAGUGCUGUGGUACACAAUGAGCUAGAAAGAAUGAGGAGAAGGCUCAUGGGCAGGCUUUUCAAGAACCUCCAGUAUUGGGCCUUAUACACACCAGAACAAUCAUCUGCUGAUGUGGUUCCUGUGCCCAAGGUGGCUGUCCUAAGCAUAGCUACUAAGGUCUGCAAAGAAGUGAAGGAAGAGGAAAUGCGUUUGACUGCUCAAGAAGAGGAAGUUAGAGCUGAGAGGAGUGUGUUGAUCAAAAGACUGGCAUCAACAAUUGCAGAUCAAGGUGAAGAUACCAAAAUGUACUGGAAACAAUGGGUCAAGACAAACAUGAAGUAUCCUGUUGCUAGAAUUGUAUUUGAAAAGAAUUGGAAACCAUCAGAGGUAGAUAAAGAUGCCAUAAGCAUUUCUUCAACUGAGUCGAGUCUGGACUUGGACCUGGAUGAUGGGAGCCCACUUUCUGCCCCUUCCUCUCCUCAUCAUUCAGGAGAGAGCCUGUUUGCUGCUUUGGAAGCCAAGACUGCUUCUGUGACACAGCCUUCCCAAGUAAGAAGGAAAAAGAUAAUAAGGCCAGGAAGAAAGCCAGAUGCAAGGGUUAAGAAGAGUAUUAAUGUGUCUCAAAAACUCAUUCUAGAUAGUCGGCUUCAGGGUCUGAAUAUUAGCUCAGAGGCUGCUGGUGCCAUUCCCACAAGUAUACUCCUUAUGGCAGGGACGAGCUCACGUGGGAGAAAGAUAGUUCGUGUACGUAGACUUAUGACAUGAAGAGCAUGCAAGGGAUACUGUGAAUAUAAACAACUAACGGCCUAAACCAGUACACAGAACAUACUCUACGAUCUCUUUAGAGUUUUAAACAGUUUGUGCAUCUUGUCCUUCAAGAAACUUCAGAUUUCAGUAUCUUAUUAUAAAUGUGAGAAGUGAAGGACUGAAAUAGGAAACAGUGAGCAUGGGAAAUCUUUUUGUGGUGCCAAGUUAAAAGCUUUUUGGGAGUGGGGUUUGCCUGUAUGUUGCUAUAAUAUACUUUAUUGAUUAAUUUUCUUUUCUUGAUUUCUUUUCUUUCAUUAUAUACUUCUUUACUUUAACUCUCAUUGAAUUCUUACACUUUCUCAUAUUUUUUUUAUUUUUUAUUUUAUUUUUAUUUUUUAGGUGUUGGGAUUUAUACUGCUUUGUGAUGGCUGGUGUUGGUUCUUAAGAUUCUGAGCUUUAAUUACUUAUCAUGAGACUGGAAAUAUUUUGAUUGAUAGAUUCUCUGAGAUAAGAUUUUACUAUCUUUCAACUUUGAUAUAAACAGGUAUCAUAUGAAGAAUUGCAUUUAAGCUACCAAAAAAUGGUAAUGAGGAAAGGCUACUGGUCAUCUUUGACAGCCUCUAAGAUUCAGGGAUCAUUGUUAAAUAGGGUACAAAUAUUGACAAUGUUGGCAGUUUUUUUUUUUAAUUCACUGCUUUGAUGGAAAUGAUUUUGUACAAUUUUCAUCAUUACUAAAAAUCAUCCAAUUUCAAGAAGUUCCUUUGUGUGACAGCAAAAGGAAUAAGUAUGGAAUACAAAGAAGAGAAAAGCAAGUGUAGAAAUUUUCUUCUCAGAAAUAGAUAUAGCAAAUGGGUAUUACUAGUGGACAUAACUGUAUGAUUGUUUUUUCCUUUCUUUUAGUAGUAUGACAGCCAUUAUAUUUUUGAAGUGCUGUUAUUGUGAAUAUUGUGAUUAUAUUAUAAUUUUCUUUUUUUUUUUUUCCUUUAUUUGUUAAGAUGUAUAAAAUACUGUUAUGUAUUUACAAAUGUGUAUUGCAGGUUUCCUUAUCAGACAUAAUAAUAAGUAUUUGAUAUGUGAGGUCAAACUUACUUUGUUAAUAAGAUGGCCUUUAUUCAUGUAAAAUUGAAUCAAAGAAGAAGCAUAGAGCUUUUCCUGUGAGCCAUGAAUAUGUUUAACUACCUCUGGAUAUAUUUUAUAACACUGUAACCACUGUAUAUAUAUUUUUCCAUGUAUUUCCACUUCAAGUUGUAAAUAUAAAACUUACAGAUACACUUUAAUUGAAGGUAGUAUGGUAAAAUAGGUGCACAACAUUCUUUUGAUUAUACUUGGCAAGAAGAACCAUUAUUGGUAAAAAAGAAAGAAAGAAAGAAGAGUAAAUUUGUACACUCAUACAUAAAAGUAUUUCAUGACUAUAACCUAUUUCCACCAAGGGAUACUUCAGAUCAUUAUGAGUGUACUUGUUUUGAUUAUCAUUAUUUUAUCAUAUUUUAGGAAUAGGAAAAACUUUUGUAGUUUUUGUUCCCUUGUAUCAUCUAUGCUAAUACCAUGCUAAGAGUAGCAUUUCCAUUUUUCAGAAGGGAAAAGAAAGAAAGGAAAAAAAUAAUGCUGAACAUAUAUAUUAUUUCUACAUUAAAAUCACCGGUGUCCCAGCAUUUUUUUUUUUUUUCUUUUCUUUUCUUCUGAAAUGGUUAAAUUCCAUAUCUAUGUACAUAUGAAUGUAUUAUAUUAUUUGUAAAUAUCACAGUGUGUGUCAUCCAGAUAAACAUUUUGUAAUUUUCUUACUGAUCUAGAAAAAUGUAGAUAAAUUGUAUUAAGGUUCCUGUGUUCUCAGUAAACUACAUCGUUACUGUCAUUCUUUAUACUUCAGGUUGAUUGCAAGAUGGAGAAAGGUAUCUAGGAUUGUGUUCUGCAAAGUAUUUAAACCAUCCUUUAGCCAUCCUACUACAUCUUUUGCUGCAAAGCAAGUGCCUUGUCUCCUAUUGCGGAAUAUCCCUAGGUGCAUGUCACUUGUUCUAUCCCACAAAAGCUGCUGAAAGUAUAAAUAGUGGUUCUAUGGUAGAUUUAAAGUGUGAUGGAAUUUAGUUUUGCAGUGUGUUACCUGUGUCCGUGUUUUGCUUAUGUUCAGUGUCUGCUGUUAGUCAUAGACGGAAGACAGAACCUCAUAUAAUGUUCAAAGUGUUAACAUUAUUAUUUUCUGCACAUUUCAUCCUUAGUGAUAUUGGAUUACGGUUGGUUCAUCAUCCUUUGUCAAUGAAUUAUGUGCUCAUUGGUUUAGUGUAUCUAAAAAAAAAGUAUUUUAUUAUUUACAUUUUAUUUUUGUAUUUUUUCAGAGACAGAGGAUUCUUGAUUUGGUAUAUUUUCAGACCAGAUUAACAUUAUAUGCUUUUUCGAUGAAUUGGGGUCCUUUCUUUGUAUGUAUGCAUUUUUAUGUAUAUAUGAUUGAAAUACUUGCUGUUGUAUAAGUGUAUUUGCAAAUUCAGACAUGUUACGGUAUUUCAUCUUGAGGGUUUUUGUAUAUUGGUCCCCCCUCUAAGAGAAAAAAAGUUUGCACUGUUUAAAUGAUGCCAAAGAGAAAAAGAAUCAGUACAUACACUGUUUGUACCUGACCCUCGCAAUUAAACCAUGUAUUUGGCAAAGGCUGAUUCUGUUGAUUUUGUAAAUGUUGUAAAUGCAAUGGAAAUGUUAUAUUAUCUUAUUUUCUGUAAUAUUUUGUUGGUUUGUGCUAUAUAUUGUCAUUUUUG